AUGAAGUUUCUUUUGUCCCUAUGCGCUCUCCUACUCACGCUUGGGCACUCGUUGCCGACCCUCGAGCCGCGGGCACUGGGCCCGGUGCCGCCCAGCGAAGACCCUUUUUACCAGCCUCCAAAUGGCUAUGAAGACCAGCCGCCAGGGACAGUUCUGGCCUCUAGGGAGGUUCCAUAUCCGAACGCAGGUCUCUUGAAUCGCCCAGUCAAGCUGUCCAGCUCAUACCAACUACUUUACCGGUCCACCGACAGCUUCCAAAAUGCGACCGCUACAAUGACCACAGUUCUAGUCCCGGAAAAUGCGGAUUCCACCAAACUUCUAUCCUACCAGCUGCCCGAGGAUUCUCCAUAUGUCGAUUGCGCUCCGUCCUACGCCUUACAGCAGAAUGCGGAUAAAGACGGCAUACUUGGUGACACCUACAACAAGGUCAAUAUACUCUUUAUCCUAUCGUUGCUCGAAAAGGGAUGGAUCGUAUCGAUUCCUGACUUUGAAGGACCAUACGGCGCCUUCUUGGCCAACAACCGAGCUGGAUACGCCGUCCUAGAUGGGAUUCGCGCAGUUCUGGCUUCACCUGACCUGCUUGGCGUUUCGUCGGACGCUGAUAUCACCAUGUGGGGAUAUUCAGGCGGCAGCUUGGCGACCGGUUUCGCUGCAGAACUACAGCCUUCUUAUGCCCCCGAGCUGCAGUUGGCAGGAGCCGCACUGGGGGGAGUCGUCGGCAAGCUUCAAACGACCACCGAUACGGUCAACAAGGGCCUCUUUGCGGGUUUAGUCGUGUCUGGGGCACAUGGCUUCGCGCGAGAAUAUCCUGAUGUUGCGAAGCUUAUCGAAGACCAAGUCAUCGAAGACCCUGCCCGGAGAAAGAAGUUCUUCGACGCCCGUGACCAGUGUCUGAUUUCCAACAUUCUCGGUUUUCAAUCCGAAGACGUCCUUUCCUACUACAAGGACCAUGACAUUCAAAGAAAUCCUAUCUUCCAGCGAGUUUAUCGGGAGAAUGAACUCGGCCAGCAUACUCCGGGCAUCCCGUUGUUCGUGUACAAGGGCACGUUAGACGAGGUCAGCCCGAUCAACGAAACGACCGCUCUAGUGGACCAGUACUGCGCGGACGGUGUGAGCGUGGAAUAUAGAGAGACGGUGACACAUGAGCAUGCGCUUCUCGCGGUGGACGGAUUUGCCGAGGCGUCAUUGUGGCUAUCGGAUCGAAUGAAUGGUGUUCCAGCAGAGGCGAAAUGUACACAUUCGAAAAAGCUGACACCGUUGACGGAGCCUGGUACAUUAGAUGUGCUAGGGACGACCGUCAUUGCCGAGGUUAAACAGAUACUGGGACUUUGA